AUGGGGGUUAGGAACCCCGCAGUUUGUUGUAGCAGAGUCCAAGAUCCAUCAAAUGAGCAAUCCAGUAGAGAGCAAAGAAGGGACCAGCCUCGAUUUCGUUCUAAGAAGCUUCAGGAUUUCUUCAAGUAUAAUAAGACCCUUCUUGUGAUAGCCAUUCUAAUUGCAACAGCAACUUAUCAAACAGUGCUUAGUCCACCAGGCGGUGUUUGGCAGGAUAAUUAUUGGCCUGAGGGCAAUAAUAACACCAACAAUGAUGUCAAAAUGUCCUCGCGACGUAUCGCAGGACAGGCAGUGAUGGGAACCAACAAUCCAAUUUCCUAUGGCUUAUUCUUGGCUUUCAACUCCAUCGGAUUUUUUGUAUCCCUCCAUACAAUAAAUUUCUUGACUGUAGGAUUUCCUUUGCAAUUGGAACUGCAUGUUUCACUUGUUGCCUUGAUAGCAACCUGUGAUACUGCGAUGUCUGCCAUAACGCCUAACCGGGGAAUUUCUCUCUUCUUUUUAAUCUUUUCGUCAGUCUUUCCAAUUUUGUUGCCUUACAUUACAAAGUUGGUGAGAAACUAUUGCAAGAACCUAGAUUCUUGUCAAGAAUUACAAACUGUUAAGUUACUUCAACAACAUCUUUCUGUAUAUUUAUUCAUCUUUGAGGUUCAGUCCGGAUAUAUUGAGAUUCUGCAGUAA